AUGAAACAUGUUGCCAUGGAAACAGAAGAUGACACCUUUAAACUUCUAACAGAGGCAUACAUCAAUAUUGAAUACUGGUUAGAUCAUUUCAAAAGAAGCAAAGAGAAAUUGUUGGAAUUUGUUGAAAAAACACGUACGUUGAAGCAGGCAGCAAUGGAGUUUGGCAGUUCAAACCAAACAUCAUCUGAUAACGAUGAAGAAGAAAUUAUUCGGAUGCUUGGAAUACGCAGCAUUCCUGAUGAAAUAAAUAUCCAUCCACCUGCAUCUAUACGUACCAAAGGUAGUGGAACUAAGAAAAGAAUGGUUAGUGCUAUUGAGAAAGCCGUUGCAGCUGUAAAGAAAAAAACCAGAAUGUGCAUAGGUUGCAAUCAAUAUGUUAACCAUAAUUGGAGGACUUGCAAAGUAAGACUUGCACGAGAGUCAAAAGCAGCUUAA